CUCUUGACGCCACCGUCUGUUUUUGGUCUGAGGGUGGUCUUUCCUUUCUCCAACUUCGAAUUCCCACGUUAUUGGGGUCCCCUGAAUCCACCAUCGAAUCCGCCAGGUGAAAUACCUCCAUUAAGUCGCGUCAAGCCGAUCCCCACACAAUACAAUUAGAAUAAUGGAGUCGGAAGACGACUCAAUCAACGUAUCGACAAAAAGCACGCUGGAAAAGACGGAAAAGACAGAAAAGACAGAAAAGACAGAAAAGACAUAUCUAGAAAGCGAUCUCGGGUUGUCUAGGCUCGCGCUGGCGUCGGAUAGCGUCACAUUCACUCGACGCAAGGCCCAUUAUGUUCCCGCAAAGCAAUCAAAGCUCAAGAACAGUCUACUCGUAGGCGUGGCAUUUCUUGAGCUAGGCAACGCUGGAGACUUCGCCGCGAAUGUAUGGAACGACAUUCCGGUACCGCAUUUCGUCGUGGCACUAAUGGCGGUUGGCGGUACCUUGGCGCUCUUCCUCUCCUAUUUCGCCUUCAAAGAUGCCAAGCUGGGCUGGUGCAAUCUGGUUCACCUCCGAGAAGAACGACGCGAUCUACAAAGGCAGAAAACACACGACCUUGAAGAUGGGCAAAUCAUACAGGGUUUAGAUGCACGGUUGAACGUCAGCUUUCGCGAAAUAGGAACGGAAUCGAUCAGUCGCGUUGGCUUGGACGUUUGCAUGGGGGUCGGAGGCAUCAUAAUUGGCAUUGGAACAUUCCUGGCGAUCGGCGGUGCAAAUCGUCGUGUGUGGCAUGCUAGCAAUCUCAUGUCUGGAUACAUCGGAAACGUUCCCCUGGCGCUCUAUGCCUUGUUCAAUGGGUCAUGGUCUUGCUAUGUCUGGAUGAAAGCCCGUCAGCAUGGCAUUGCUGGAGCGACGGCGCUAGAUAUGGACAUGGCGGCUGCCCUGCUGAAGCGUCGCAUCUUCACCGUCCAGAUGUACACUGCGAUGGUUGGGGUGACUGGCAUCGCUGCAGGAGCGGCAUCGCUUAUUUCCGCGACCAUGUGGUGGGGCUAUGUGAUUUUGAUUCCGGUAAUCAUAUCAUCCAUCUCCUGCAACUAUAUCUGGCGAAAGAAGAUAGCCUACGAGCGUCCGUUGGUUCAACAACGAACGCUGGGAUUAAGCAAAAUCUCCCUACUCAGAGAAUUGGAAUCCAUCAUAGCAGUUCAACGAAUACUGAAGGAAACGCCUUCUGAGCCUCUCCACAAACUCGUCUCAGAUUCGCAGUCGAUCACCUCCGUCAUCGAGUUCAUCAUAAUGAACGACCUCUUCGAGGACUUCUGUGUUCGCCUCCUCGAUGAUACGCACCUCUCAGAGCUUUUUGGUAUUCCAAAUGAAGAGAUUACAAUCAAUUCAGAGCUUCUUUUAACGGCCGAUAAUUCAUAUAUUCCUCAUAUUCUAAAAAUCGCGCAGACAUGUGUCAGCGAGGUAGGACCAAUACAUUUCCAAUACCGACAACGUUACCUCCUAGAAAUUCUUGGAUCUUAUUUGUGCGUCUCGCAAGCUGGAACUUCAGAGACGACGACUUUAGAGAAGUGCUGAGAAAUGUAAUCUUUUAUGGGUGGCAGGCCCACAUUGAAGAUUUGAGGUCUCACUCGGAGUGUAUUAUUUGUAAUAAAUGGGCGGCAUCAUCGUGAGAUUUGCAAGGGCCGUGGGCGAUUAAGUUUAUAUAAUUGAAUAUAGUUCCAAAUGAGAAUACUCUUUAUGAUCCA